AUGGAGAGCAUCAAGGCCAUGCUCGUGGCCGGGAACAGCAAGGGCGAAGACCCCACAGACCUGCGGGAGCCCCAUGUUGUCGAGAAGGUACUAUCGGACGAGGUCGAUGGCGCAUGGGCCGACGGGAAGGCGCCGAUCGAGAUGAUUACGACGUUUCUUGGGCACCUCGAAGACGAAGAGACGGAAGAGGCGCUUGCACUCGCGCAGCAGAUCUUGGCGCAUGAGCCCGAGAACCAGUUGAUCAAGAACCUCCAAACUGCGCUGCAACUCAAGCUCGUCGUCGACAGCCACGCGGAGGCCCACGACUCGAGCGAAAGCAGCGACGACGAGGACGAGGAUGGAGACGACGAGGAUGAGGACGAGGACACGGACGACGAUGGCGAGGACAACGAAGCGAUGCUCGCCGAGGCCAAGGACGUCGAGCUCUAA